GACAGUCAUAAAACCCUGAAGAAGACGAGGAAGAGGACUACACGCGGUCUGUUGCGUUGAAUGUUCGAGUGUUUCUCUAAAAAUGUCUUCAGUCCAGAUUAAACGAGUUUAUCAACGAGCGGUUAACUGCUGCUGAAGAAACUUUCACAGAGUUUAAAGGAAUCAUCGUCAAGUCGGAGGAAGAGAUGGAUGAUCAGCGCAGACUGCUGGAUUUCUCCCGGACUCCCCGGAUUAUUUUACACCGGAUAGAUUUCCUGCAGUGUAACAUUUAUAACCAGGAGAGGAGAUCCACUCUGGACCAGGAGGAGUUAGAACCUCUGCAGGUGAAACAAGAACAAGAAGAACCAGAAGAUCAGCAGAUAAAAGUGGAAGAGGAAGAAGUUUACUGCAGUCAAAGUGAAGAACAGGUUGAGUUAAAACAGCAGACUGAUACCUGCAUGGUGGUUCCCGUUGAUGAACAAACAUCCCACACUGAAUCAGAACCAAACGGGAACCAAGUCAUCUUCCAGGAAGCUGCUGAAGCUGAGAACCUAAAUCAGGAAAGAUGCAAGACUUCCUCAUGUGUCAUCAGUAAAAAGCGUUUCGCUUUCAAAUCUGUUUUUGAUGCUCACAUGAGAAUUCAUACGGGUGAAAAGCCUUUUUCAUGUGUGAACUGUGGAAAAAGUUUUAGUCAAAAACUGACUUUAACUCAGCACAUGAGGAUUCACACUGGUGAAAAGCCGUUUUCAUGUGUGAACUGUGGAAAAAGUUUUAGUGAUAAACGGACGUUAAAUCAGCACAUGAUGAUUCACACUGGUGAAAAGCC